GCGGGCGCGGUAAAGGCGGUGCCGAGCGGGGGCCGCGCUCAGUCUGGCCGCCUGCGGGCUGCGCGGCGCCGCGGCCGCCCCCGGAGCGCUCUGCCCAUGGGGCAGCCAAGCCGAGCCCUCGGCACUGUCCCCCGCCGCCGGGAGCUGCGCUAGGGCGGCAGAUCCCGGAGACAGCUGGAUCAUUCUGAGAUGAGCCACCCGUAACUGGGGCUGGCCUCGUUGCCAGGGCUCCCUGCCCCGCGAGGAUGAGGAGCUGUCUGCCGGCCUAACAGUAAGGUUUUGUGGCGGUGGUUGUUCUACUGUUCCCAAACACCGUGAGAUUUCAUGUGACAGCGGAGCCGCUUCCUGCACCCUCCGUGUGCCGCCUGGCAGCCAAGGGCUCGGCGGGGCAGGGCCACCACCAUGGCGGCGAAGCAGCCCCCGCCGCUGAUGAAGAAGCACAGCCAGACCGACCUGGUGAGCAGGCUGAAGACACGCAAGAUCCUGGGCGUCGGCGGGGAGGAUGACGACGGCGAGGUCCAUCGCUCAAAGAUUAGCCAAGUACUGGGAAAUGAAAUCAAGUUUGCUGUCCGGGAACCACUGGGACUCAGGGUCUGGCAGCUGGUUUCCGCCAUCAUGUUUUCCGGGGUCGCCAUCAUGGCCCUGGCUUUCCCUGACCAGCUCUUUGAUGCCAUCUUUGAGGAGGAAUCGGUGAGCAGCAAGACUCCCAUCCGGCUCUACGGAGGAGCCCUCCUCAGCAUCGCGCUCAUCAUGUGGAACGCGCUGUACACCGCCGAGAAGGCCAUCAUCCGCUGGAGCCUGCUGGCCGAGGCCUGCUACUUCGCCGUGCAGUUCCUGGUUACCACUGUCUCCCUGGUUGAGAGCAGCCGGAUAGCCACAGGUGCCGUGCUCCUCCUGGUCAGCCGAGCCCUCUUCAUCCUCGUCAGCAUUUAUUAUUAUUACCAAGUUGGACGUCGUCCCAAGAAAGUCUAAUUCCUGGGCUUUUUUGUUACGGGAAAGGUGGGAGGGGGGAGUUUGUGUCGGUAAUUUUGCAUUAUAAUUAUAAUUUUUUUUAAUUUUC